GUCGGUGUUUCGGCGUCGCGCUCGAGAUAACACGCCGUCGGGAUGAUGCCCAGCCGCGUUGUCGUCAUUGUCGCCGCGGGCUGAGAUUUGGCUUGGAGUUUCGGCGCCGUUCGCCAGCGUAGUGCUCCUCGUAUGAAUCAUCCGAUGCGGGUGCGUGAAUAACGAAGAAAAAGAAGUUCUCGUAAUCUUGACGACGUACAACUCGCAAAAAUGUGGAAUAUGAUGUGCGAUGUGAUGCCAACGAUCGCGGAGGACAGCAUGAGCCAGCGGAGCUCGCAAUUCUCCGGCGAAGACGGAAACUUCGAGCAGUUGAUGGUACAAAUGCUGGACGAGCGUGAUAAGAUGAUGGAGUCGAUGCGCGAGCAUCAGGAACGACUGCAGGAGAUGGAGGCGCGACUGGCGGAGGUUGAGAAGGAACGAGACGCCCUGAAUCGACAGCUCAACGCGAAUAUUCCUCAGGAAUUCUCCCAGCUGACAAAAGAAUUGGCAGCGGCACGAGAGAGUAUCUUGGAAAGAGAAGAGGAGAUUUCCGAAUUAAAGGCAGAACGAAACAACACACGCCUCUUGCUCGAACAUUUGGAGUGUUUAGUAUCACGACACGAACGGUCGCUCAGGAUGACAGUUGUGAAACGUCAAGCCGCCGCACAAUCCGGGGUGUCGUCGGAGGUAGAGGUACUCAAAGCUUUGAAAAGCCUUUUCGAGCAUCACAAGGCUUUGGAUGAAAAGGUACGUGAACGUUUGCGCGUGGCCCUCGAAAGAAAUACGAGUCUUGAGGAAGAACUAGCCCAUACCAAAGAGGAACUCCAGCAGUAUAAAGUAAGCGGUCAUCCACCAAAAGCUAUAGAAGAUAGGCCCAAAGAGAAUGGACAGGCGGACGAAGGUCAGCAACAGAAUAAGAAUGAGAUUCAGCAGACAACGAGCCAGCAGCACCAACAACAUCAAUCGCAGCAGCAACAACAACCGGUACAAAAACCAGGUACAGAGAAGUCCGCUGAAGUCGGCAGUAGGCUGAGCAAUGGAAGUCUCGAUUUCGCCGAGCAGGACUCAGCAGUACGAGUAACAGACUUACAAGCCACUCUCGACAAGCAGAGUUCGGAAUUAAGUACGUGGCAGCGACGAGUAGCGGAACUAAGCGGACGUGUUGCUGAAUUGGAAGAAACGCUGUCAAAAACACAGAAGGAUCUCCUAAAGGCACAGGAAGCAGGCCUCAAAUUACAAAGAGAUCUGCGGGAGAAUGCAGCGCAAAAAGAGGAUCAAGAGGAGCGAAUAGCGACUCUAGAAAAACGAUAUCUCAAUGCUCAACGGGAAUCCACUAGCCUUCAUGACCUUAAUGAAAAGUUGGAGCAGGAGUUGCAGCAUAAAAAAGCUCAAUUAAAGCUCCAAGAGGAGAAAAUCGCUGCCAUACAAGAGAAAUUAGAACUUGCGGAACAGAAAUUAGCUCAAUAUGCUAAAUUACCAGAAAUGGAAGAGCAAUUAAAACAGAGGAUGGAGGCUCUGACGCAGGUGAGGAGGCCCAACCAGCAGGCUCAGGAGAGGCAUGGUAGCGCGGAAGAUAGAAUCCAAAGGCUGGAGGCUCAAUUGGAAGAAAAAAAUGCGGAAGUUAUGCGCGUUAAUCAACGGCUUAAGAUGAAUGAAGAACAUAAUACGCGUCUUAGCACAACCGUUGAUAAACUUUUAUCUGAAUCUAAUGAAAGAUUGCAAGUUCAUUUGAAAGAAAGGAUGCACGCGUUGGAAGAGAAGAAUGCGCUUACUCAGGAACUAGAAAAAACAAGGAAGAUAGCGGAAGAUCUGCAAAAUGAAAAGACUGAAAUUGUUAAGGAAUUAGGGAAAGCACGCUUAGAAAUUGACAAUGUUAAAAGACAGAUGCUCCAGCAGGAAAUUGCAUUUAAUAUUCAGCAAACGGAUGCCUUGACGAGAAGUUUAUCUCCAAAUGCUGUAGAUCCAGCCUCUUUCUCAAGGAGCGCAAGUCAUAGCAGUUUUGAUACACAUUCAUUGCCUAGAAGAGGAGGUAAACGAUCUAUCGAUGAAGAUUCAUCAAAGAAUUAUGUGGCACGAACUUUGGCGGAGCAGGAAUGGGAAAAACUGCAACAAGCGCACGUACUUGCCAACGUUCAACAAGCGUUUGAUGUAUCGAGCGAUGCGGAAGGUGAUGGAGAUAAUGAAAGUAUUUUCAGUUGUGCGGCUGAUGUAAUUAGCCCUACAGGACAUACAGAUGCUCAAACAUUGGCAUUGAUGCUGCAAGAACAAUUGGAUGCUAUUAAUAAGGAAAUUAGAUUAAUUCAGGAAGAAAAACAAAGUACGGAAGCGCGUGCAGAAGAAUUAGAAUCUCGUGUCGGCAGUCUUGAGCAUAUGAAUCUGUUAGCGAGAGGGCGAAGCCUCGAACGAGCAUCGCCACCAUUGAGUGGUCGAUCUACUCCAAAAUCGCAUCAUAGUCCUAAUAGAGAUUAUUUACACAAGUACCACACCGUUAGUAAUCACGCACCUGCGUCAAUGUCUCCAGCGCAUUUACAUCAAUAUGCCGUUUCUUUAGCUAGUCCAGGGCAAUUGUCAGAAUCUCUUCCUGCUAGCCAGUUACAAUUAUCAGGAGAAGAAUUACAUUCGGUUAGUGAAAGAGACAGCACUGGUGGUGCAAGAAGUGGUGGUAGCGAUGCAGCUUCUCCUCUAGCUAAUGUACUGAGAUUGGAACAAGUGGUUCAAGCAUUAGCUCACAGUCAGGAAGAACUUAGAAGACGUACUGGACAGAGUGGAUUUCCAAGCAGUAGUUUUCCCACGCACAGCAGGCAUGGACAGCAUAACAACGGCGCACUGAAUUCUGGAACUCCUCCUUCCCCAUUGUCCUCACGCCACAGCAGCCAGGACAGUUUGUACAAGAACAACUUCUCCAGCGUUGGACCUGUCGGACAAUUGUCGACGUCGCAUUUGCACAUACAAUCGACCAUAAAUUCCGUUACGGCAGCUGCGGUCGCAGCUGCUCAAAAAAAGAAAGGCAUUAAGAGCAGUCUUGGUAGAUUUUUCAGUAAAAAGGAGAAGAUUAAAGGCAAAGACACAUCGAUGCCUGGAGAUGUGCCAGGUAUGGGAGGUGCAAGUACACCAGCUGAUCCUGAUUAUGGGGAUAGCGUAUCUGUAGCUGGUACACUUGGAAGUAAGAGUGAUUUUGAUCGUAGGAAAAAGAAGAGUCCGAGUAUGUUUGGUAGUAUGUUGGAUUCUUCGCGGCAUGAGCUUUUGGCGGAAGCGAUGAAAGCAGGAACACCUUUUGCCCUAUGGAAUGGACCAACAGUAGUCGCGUGGUUGGAGUUAUGGGUGGGCAUGCCGACAUGGUAUGUCGCUGCUUGUCGAGCAAAUGUCAAAAGCGGUGCUAUCAUGAGUGCUCUUAGUGAUACUGAAAUUCAACGAGAGAUUGGAAUAAGCAAUCCCUUGCAUCGAUUAAAGUUGAGAUUAGCCAUUCAAGAGAUGGUGUCGCUUACGAGUCCGUCAGCGCCAAAAACCUCUCGCACAACAUUAGCAUUUGGUGAUAUGAAUCAUGAGUGGAUAGGUAAUGUUUGGUUACCGAGUCUCGGACUGCCCCAAUACCGAUCCACUUUCAUGGAGUGCCUUGUUGAUGCUAGAAUGCUCGAUCAUCUGACAAAGAAAGAUCUCCGUGGUCAAUUGAGAAUGGUUGACAGUUUCCACAGAACAAGUUUGCAGUAUGGUAUUUCCUGUUUAAAACGGCUAAAUUACGAUAGGCAGCAAUUAGAAGAAAGAAGACGAGUGGCAGAAAGUGCCAAUAUAGAUGUACUUGUAUGGAGUAAUGAUCGUGUUAUAAGAUGGGUACAAUCGAUUGGUUUGAAGGAAUAUGGGAAUAAUCUCUUGGAAUCGGGUGUGCAUGGCGCACUUAUAGCUCUAGACGAAAGUUUCGAUGCAAAUAGUUUUGCGUUAACUUUACAAAUUCCUACACAAAAUACACAGGCAAGACAAUUACUAGAGAUGGAAUUUUCAAAUCUAUUAACGGUAGCAACAGAGAGACGACUGGACGAAAGUAGUAGCAUGAAAUCCUGAUCCAGUUCGUCAAAUCGACUGUCUCAUAUUCAACCGCAUCAUGUCUAGUCCAAAACCCCAGCUAUCGCUACUAUCUAUGCGCAAAUGUGUUGUAAAAGUUGUAAGAGCUUUAAAUAUCAUGCUAAGAAUAUCUUCACAUAUGUGACAAAUGUGACAUUUUUUGGUAAUACUGAGGUGUGUUUUGACAUAAAGUGUUAAGAGGAUAUGCUUACACGAUACAUUCGAUACUAGGGAUGCAUUUUAUUUGUUUUUAUGUUGCACAUGCAUCAAUUUAUAUGUGUUACAUAUUGACGAAAAGAGGAAAAGAUAGUUAUUCCGAACAAUUUUUCAUAUAGAUAUCGAAAUAUAGCAAGCAGUCGUUAAAUUGUUAUUAUACAUACUCGAAAUAUUAGUUGCAAAUAAUUAUGACAAUAAUUUUUUCUGAGUUGGUUUUGUUUGUAAAAUUGAUAAUCCGUAUUCUCUCAAUAUUACAAUGUCCUGUAAUAGAAUAUAUUUGUUAUAGGACUAUUGCGUUAUAUCACGUUCGUACGACAGCGUGUACUUAGUUACACAACAUUCAAUACUUGAAGCAAUGUAAGUUAACUUUAUACCGUGCACAAAAAUAUAAGAAAAAUAUGGAAAAUUGAAAUGGAUUUAUGGGAUAUAUCAUUGUUUUUGAAAAAAUUGUUGCAAGAUGUCAUGUAAUACGAUUAAGAAGAUGAAUUUACAUAAAAAAGUUAAGAUAUUUAGUAAACCUUUUUAUACCAAGUUUUAUAUUUUGUCUUUUCUCUUUAUUAAAUUUAGAGAAAGUUUGAAUAUGAUUGAAUGAAUUUUGCUAUGAGCUUACUAGCUUAUAUCUGAAUAUAAAAGCAAUAAAUGUAAGAUUUUACUUAUAGCAAAAUAAAGUUCAUUUUAAUGUCUUUUACAUAUAAUUUUCUUGGUAAUUUAAAUUGUUUCAUAUUAAGGAUAUGUCUUUCUCAUUGUUUGACAAUGAUAAAAUGUUUUUUUGCUUUAAAUAUUUUUUUGCUUUUUCAAUUGUAGGAAAAUAUAUUUGGAGAAAGAAACAUCUGUUUCAAACACGCGCAUUUUAUAGUGAAAGAAAAUUUUUUACAAUAUUACAAUUUUUUUACAUAUUUUUCUAUCAUUGAAAACAGGAUUUUUUAUACUCACGCAUUCUUGAUUUAUUUUAUGUAAAUCGAUUCUCUUAGUCAAUUUGUGUAUAAAAAAAUAUGAUGUAUUAUUACAUAUAUUGGAAAAGGAAUAGUUUACGGAAUUAUAUUUUUUAUAUUUUGAUAUAUUCUGACAUAUAUGAAAUAUUGUGUAAAAGAUACAUUUUUUUUUAAUAACCUUGAUACUUUCAUGUAUAGAAUAAUGAUCGAUCAAUUAAUCGAUUAAUACAAAUAAAAUACAUAAAUUAAUUAAAAAAAAAAUAAUAAAGAUUCAAUUGCAUAUUGCAUUUGUGCGAAAAUAGUAUUGCCAAUUAAAUCUGCCUAUUAUUAUAUGUAAUCAAAAAUAUAUAAAGGAUUACUUAAAAUUAUAAUGAUAUUAAAGUGAGAAAAUUUGUUACUUACUUUUUCACUUGUUGAAUCGUUUUCUUCCCGCUUGUAUAGCUAUGGAGCAUCAUGUAUAUAUCGUAUAUCAAGGAGACUGCGUCCUAUAUUUCUAUAUCUAUCUAGGAGAAUUAUGAGCUCUGUGCGCAAAGAAAUUACAGAUUAUUACUUUUUACGAACAGAGCUUCAUAGUAUUCAUUUUUCUGCAUUAUUUUCAUGCAUUUGAAAUGCCUCCAGGCAAUGUAUGCUAACACGUGGUAUAUAUUACGAAAUUAUAUGCGAGUGAAGAGAGAAAGAGAGAGAAAGGCGCCAUUGAUUUGCUAUUUACCAAAAGGAUUAUAAGAAUUGGGGGGAGGGGAAGGGUCAUUUUAUACUAUAAGAUAUUUGGAAAUGGUUGUACAAUGUGUGUUAGUAAAUGUGUUGUAUAAGAUUAGACGACAAUUACAUUUCGUAAAUAGGGCUACCGACCAAUUUUAUGCAUAAUGUUUACAAUAAUCAUCGGAUAUAAUAUUUUCAGCGAGCAGUGUCCAUUAUCAUGGAUAUUAUUACUGCUAUAUUACAUUACAUUUUGCGUCGGAAAAAAAAUCGCUUCACUUACGAGCGCGCGCAGAUACUUUUAUAUAUUAUAUCUUCUUUAGAUAUAAGUAAAUAGCUCAUUGUUAAUAGAGACAUGGUCGGUAGCGGGAUAAUGCAAAAUGUAUUAUAAAUAUGCAACAAAAGAAACUGUACGAUCGCACGGAGGGGGAAUUGACAUAGCGAUGAUUAAGUAUACUAUGUAGAAAUGAUGUUGCUGAAGACAAUGAUCGCGCGUGAUGGUAAUCAUUAUUAUUGCCAAUUAUACAAAUAUCAUAUGACGUUGAAGAUGCAGCGAAAGACUGAGACAUUGAUGAUUAUUGUAAUAAUGAAUUGAUCAAGAUAAGGAAGAAGAAAAAGAAGACGAUCACAAUAAGGACGAUAAGUUAUAAAUGCUGAUGUUGUUAAUGUUGUUGAUACUUGAGCAAUCAUUGUUGUUGAUUGUUUGUUUUCCAUGAACCAAUAUAUACUCUUCUUGCAAGCUAUUCUAUUCAUUAUAGGCUCCAUAGCUCUGCACGAUCUUCCGAACGGGCGUAAACGUACCAAAUAAUUUUUACCAAAGACUUUAUCGAGUACAUAUGCAUUGAUUUGUUGUUGAUCACACGCGAUUUAUCAGCGCUUCUAAUGUGAGUAAUACGUUAAUAUUGCGUUAUCGAUAUAUGCAAUUUUUCUCUUCUCUCUCAUAUCUCGUAUAUGUAUAAAGCAGCAAUCAAUCAAGGCACACUUUUAAAUAAAUAACCAGAUAUAUAUUGUUGCGUUAAUCCAAAGCAACUUAUGCUACCUCAAUACCGAAGUAUGAUGAUGUUUUUGCUUUCACAAACGCGUAAAGAGUUGAUUCUUCGUUUUGCAUGUCUCGUGCUUCAUACGCUGCAAUUUAUGUACAUAUAUAUUAUGCGAAUGACUCGAUAAUUUUACGCGCGAGUAACAAGAAUUUUGAUAGAACGAGAAUAAAAAGCAAUGCACACAUUUAUUCGUUUACUUUAUUUGUACAGCAUAUGUAAUAAUAUAAUUAUUUUCAACAUGGAAAUGUGUGAUGUUACUUUUGCAUGUAUAAUAAAUCUUCAUUUUUCGCAAAAUAGUAUCGAUAACGUUGCACUAUCAUGGGUCUUGUACAUUUCUAGCUUUCGAGUUCUAAUUUCUGUAUUUUUCUUUAUUAUAACGAUAGAAAUUAAUGGGAAAAUUGUUGUAUGUGUAUAUUAUUUUCUAUGCACAAAUAUGGAUGUGUAUGAAAAUGUCGGCGUUUUAUAGAACAUGGCCGUCUCUCCCCUUCGGAAGAGUCUGCAGUAUAAGUGUAAAGUGACUGAACAUUACUUUUAAUGUGUGAUAGUUAAUAGUGUCAAUAGACAUUCCAGAAGGACCUCCUUCCAAAAGAAAAAAGAGUAAUCGCAUGUAUAUGCACGUCAUGGAUUAGUUUGUAUUAGCUUCGCGCGACGCCUUCUAUGUAUUUAAAUAUAAAUGUAUAUAUAAUGAUAUAUAAAAAUGAAAAAUGUCGGCUUUUACAAUUAAUCGAUAUCAGAUAGGAAAUUUGAAAAAGCACAAGGACAAGAGUAUUUGUAGACGAUCUCGCGUGUGAAUGUAUAUAUUUUUCCCGAAAAUGUUGAUCUAAUUUUGCGUAUUGUUCUCUAUGAAAGGUCUAUGUACGCUAUAUGUAACGUUAUUGUCAACAUCAAAUAUUCUUAUAUAGCUGUGUUCGAGGAGCACGCUUUUAGCGCUAUAAACAUACUCUGUUCUUGUUCAACUUUUAAUAAAUAACAAAGAUAGAAUGAUGUUGUUAGCGCUAAUAGUGAAACGCAUGCAUAGACUUUAAAUGGAAUAAUACCUUGAAAAGGACCAUUUAUCACCGUCACCGAUAAAGCCUAAUUUUUUUGGCGUUUUAUAAUGAGUAAUUUAUUUAUUCAUAUUGUUCAAUUACUAGUAAUUCAUGUGACCUUUAAAUGCAAAACGAGAGUUUUUAAAAUCUUGCAGUAUUUGUUAUCUUUACGAUGUUUCCAGCAAUCUUUCUCAUUUUAUACCUUCUUCUCACACAAGGUCACUGCAUCUUUCACUUAUCGUUAAUUUAUUUAAAUUUUAUUUUACUUUUAAUAUAUUAUGUAAUAUUAACAGAAAUCUCAAAAUUAGAUUGAAUUGUGAUGGCGAAAAUGACCGGUGACGAUGAUCGUUGGUUAAUGUUAAUUAUAAUGUAUAUAGGAAACAGUAAGAAUGGACGAUGACACAACGUUUCGUCAUGUGUAUAAUAUAGGCUUUGAUUUUUAUACUACAUCGAUUUGGUUUCAAUCGAUUUGAUUUGCGAUUCAAUUUUGUACGUUGCGAUUAUUCAUAUGCGUCUGUUUUUUCGUUGUAGUUUUAUAUUAAUUACAUUCAUAUAUAUUGUCUUCAGCAAUAGUGGAUAUGUUUGCGAUUAAUUUCGAGUUUGACACUGAACGUCAUCGAUUCAUCUUUGCGUUUUAUUUAAAAACAUAAUAUCAUAAAAAAAUCGUGAUUAUGGCUUUCCACAUACACGCACAUACACGCACUCUCACGUACAUAUCACACAAUAAGUAGUUUUAUCGCGAGUCUUUAUAGUUUUAUCUCUUAUAGUUUUUUAUCCAACAAUUGUUCGGUGAAAGCACAUUUACGAUAAUUGUGAAACAUAAAUAACAUUAAUCAACCAUGAUAUCGAUUAUUUGAUGGAAAUUUGGCUGAACCGGAGAAGAAAAUAUUUCGACAUUAUCCAAAUUUUUAUACGACAUAUAUUAUAAGUGUUGCUAUUAUAUGCUAUUAUUAGUAAGUGUAUAUAUAAGUGUGCGUGCUACGCGCGUAUGCAUGUGUAUAUAAAUAUAUAAUGUGAAUUCAUAUAUAUAUAUAUAUAUAUAUAUAUAUAUAUAUAUAUAUAUAUAUAUACAUAGGUGCGUGCGCGCGCGCGUGUUGUGUGUGUGUGCAUUAUUUAUUAACAAUUCUCUACAAUAUUUCAAACAGUUUAGAUUUAUUGUGAUGAAUGCUAUAUAUAUGUUAGAUAUUACUUUUAAAGAAUAGUUUAUCAAUUCAUUAUUAUAAAUAUUGCAACAGGCAUCUUUAUUUCCAAAUAGAUAAUUAUUUAUUUGAUAAAAAAAAAAUUGGCUAUAUUUUGUAUCGGGCUAACUUAGUCAUAUUUGGAAAAUUUUAUAAAAUUUUCUUUUUCAUGACAAAAUGACAUAAAUAAUAUAUAAUAUAAAUAUCUAAAAGAGGCAAGCAACCAUUACUUGUAUAUAUAAAUGCACGUUUUUGUUACAAUGUGAUGACCAUAUAUAUGGGUGUGUGUAUGCAUGCGUGCGUUUGUCCAUAUAUGUGUAUAUGUAUGUAUAUAAAAUUCGUACAUAUACAUAUAUUAUAAAUAGACUUAUCGAUUAUUUUUCAAGUUACAGUUUACAGUGCGAUUGACACUCUUCUAAUAUGUAAAUGAAGUGUAUAAUUUUCCAUUGAAUCAUCGGGCAUUAAAUACGCGCAGUGAUUGUACUCAUUUCGACAAGCGUUUUGCUCCAAAUCAAUAAAAGAAGGUAUGAAUUUGUUAGUCUCAAGUGGACUUAUAAUUGAAAUUCUAAUUAAGAAAUAAAAAAUUGUAUAGAUAUCGUUAGGCUCAUUUUAAUGCAGAUAGAAUGAGAAGGAAUUUAAAUACGAGGGACAUUGAUUAUGAAACGAUGUAAUUCGAUUUUUAUUAUACAUCUUUUAACGCAUUUUUCAUUAUCCAGGGUAGGGAACAGCGAUUCGUGACGUGUUGUAUAUACAUUUCAUAUUUAAUGUUCCUCAAUAAAUGCCUAAACCGUCAGUAACAAAAGAUAUUUAUUUGUUAUAUAGUAAUAUUACUUGUGCAUCGCAGGUAAUAGUGCCAGCAGAUAAAACUUUAAUUUUAAAAGACGUUACAAACGCAAGUAAUAUCUCCUAAAUAUGAAGUAGUAUAUAAUUAGGCACAGGGAAGAAAGGUGCAUUACAACUUAUGAAAAGUAUUAAAUGAAUAGUGCAACACAUUGUGCAAUUUUUAAUAUAUUUGUUAUAUUUUUUCCUCUCAAAUGUAUGGAUAAAUAACCAGAGUUAUAAAAUGUGUGUUAUUAUAAAUUACUUAGGAUCAACCAAAAAAAUAAGGAUUUUAUACAAAUUUUACAAAUAGAUAAGAAAAAUAUUUAAUACUAUGAGAAAGCAGAUGCAGCUAUUCUAAAUUUUAUAACAAUUUAAUAUUUUUUUUUUACAGUUUACCAUUGAUUUAUUUAAAAAAUAAUUUAUAUAAAAUAAAAUUUAUUUUGAUGAAUAAUUAAAAUUAAUAAUAAAUAAUCUAAAAUAUUAGAUAUGUUAAUGAUCCUAAAAGUAUAGCUGUUUAAUACGUAAAAAUUUUCUAUAAAUAAUACAUAUAUAUGUAUAUGUAUAAACGAGAAAGACUUAUAAUAGAAUAUUUUUAAAACGAAUGUACAAGAGUGCACUGUGUAACAUUAUAUGAAUAAUUCUCAAUUCUUCCAUUUCAGUUGAAAAUAAUUUCAUAUAUAUACUACUUCAUGUUUUCUACGAUAAAUGUGUAAGAUAACGUAAUGUGUGGAAAACGGAGCACUUCCUAGUUGUGAUGUUAAUAAUUUAGAGAAUUUGUGUACGUGAAGCGAAAGUGAAAAAGUGAAUCAGAUUUAUUGUCAUAUUUAUUGCGAGAAUAAAGCAGUAUUACUAAAUGCGCAGUAAUAUGCGCGACAACGAUUGAGGAUUCUACUAGCAGUUAAUGUCUAUGCUGCGAAAAAAAGUAGCACGUAUAUUAUUCAUAAAAAAAAAAAAAACACAAAAAAGUAAAAAUAAUAAUACAUACAUCUACGUAAAAAGGAAAAUUACGUAAAAAGGAAAAU